GGUUCAAUCCAGUUCCCCUGUCGGUAUGUUACAAUAACUUCAGAAGCAUCCAAACCCCCAACCUUGAAGAAUCAUCUCACCUUAUUUGAAUUGAAUCCCAAGGCGCGGUCAUUCGAAAUUGUUGCUGAACGGCAUCGUCGGUGACCCGAAUCUGCGCGCGCGCCGCGCAAAUACACUCAUAACACAUUACACAUUACACAUAACGCCAUACAUACACACCAACAUUCCUUCUAUCAAGGUGGUAGAUUGACCUAAACACUAAACCUUUCUAGUCAAUUUUUAUUAUUAUUUCUAUUUCUCGCUUCUCUGCCCAAGGAAUCGCGGGAAACAGAAAUAAAAAAAGGUUGCCCAUCCCGGCUACGGCUAGCGACAUAAGUAGUAUACCUGGUAUACAUACUUUGGUUGGUGGACUAGGUUACCUGGCUGCCUGGCUACCUUGGCUAACCUAGGCUACCUGCGCAGUACCAAGUGGGAAGACGCGUCUCUUGUAUCCCUCGUACUCAACGUAUCUUUCUUCAAACUCGAAUCAAUCCAGCUUCAGGUUACGAAGAACACAAACUAACUGUACGCGACCGAGCAGAAACCUCUAAUUUUUGAUUGCUCCUAUUGCGUCGUUUCGCAGCAGGAGUAAAAAUAAACAGAGUUCGAACGUUACGACUAAAUUUAUGCACCAUUUGAAGAAUUCUCAUUCGCAUACAUCAGCUCCAAUCAUGCAGCAAUGGCAGGUCGGCCCUGUGCCGGGGGACUACCUCUACGCACCGAACUCCACUCAGCAUCCGAACGAUCCUAUGCACUCAAAUCACCCCUACCAAAACGAGAUGUCACGGAGGAAUGAGUUCGCAGGUUAUACGCCACAACCCCCCAAUCCCGGUGCCCAACCUCAUCCCUCGCACCCCCAGCAGCAUCACCAGCAGCUGCCUCAGCAUCAACAACAUCAAAACCAGCCGCAUCAACAAUCCCAUGGUUCCCACUCUCAGCAUCCGCACCACCAGCCGCAUCAGCCGUCGCAUCAGGCGCAACAGCACCAUGCAACCCCGGUGCCUCCUCCGAUGACCAUACCACAACAACCCGUCGCAACUUCCCAGCAGUCGACACCUACCCCGGCUUCAACACCUGCUGCGCCCCGCGGUCGUAAGCGAGCCGCACCUGGACAUCAGCAAGGCCACGGUCAAGCUCACCAACAGCCGCACGCGCCCACCACAAACCCGGCCACGCCCGUCCCUGCAUCCACGACUGUCGCCGCCCCUACCGCAAAUACUCCGGCUCCUGCGCCGGCUCCUCUUCCAGUCUCGGCUCCGCCGCCGAUGCAGGUCACUCCCGUGGCUCCACCGGCCGUCCCGACCAAGGAGGAAGUCAGCACUCCGUCAGUCCCGCCCCCGGCCAAGAAGAGUCGAACGAACACGCCCUGGACCCCCGCCGAGGAAUUACGACUUAAGCAAAUGAGGGAUAACGGUAACAGCUGGGCCGAGAUUGCCAAGACAUUCCCUACCAGAACCGAAGGUAGCGUAAAGAAGCAUUGGUACAAGGAUAUGCACUACGCCGAAUUUGCCGAGGAUGAAAGUCAGGCAUUGCUCAGCGCCAUCAAGGACUACGAGAACAAUAAGUGGAAGACUAUCGGACAGAAAGUCGGCAAGCCAGCAAAGGCCUGCGAACAAUACGCUAAAGAGCAUUUCCCAGAAUUGUUCUCUGCGCAAAAGGCACGUUAGAAAAGCACCAGGUGCACGGUGUUACAUUUCGUUCUGAGUGUCCUACCUAUCUCUCUGGCUUUGGUUACCACCCUUUUUUGCUUCGAUCUGCUCAUUCUUAUUAGGUAUUGUAAGAGAACAGGCUCUAUGAUGUUGUGUCGGGACGAUCCCACUCGUCGGGAGGGGCGCGUCCCUAGCACACAACUUCGUAACCCCCGAUCGCGUCAACGACGUGGGGUGGGAAUGGAUAUCCGACCUUUGGUCAUAUCCCUCCCAUCCCUAUUUCCAUAUUUACUUUUGUUUCGGUAUAUUGAGACGGCAAGGAACGGGUCUUUCCUAUCCAAAGCACGAUUCCCCCACGGGAGAAUGGUAGGGUUGUCAGAUUAGGUUAUUCGGGAGGGCAAAGAGAGUUGACUUCUAUGCUUUGAUGGGGGGAUAUUUCAUUGAGUGGAUCGUGGCAAGCAGGUUUCCGGGUCCCGAGAUCCUUUAUUCGAAGAAAACUCAUAAAAAUCCGGCUUUAAUGUAUGAUGAAGGAUCAACCAGAUGCUCUUCUAGGUGGUUCGUAAUGCAGAAUUGCCGGAAGGUAAACCAACUCGGUCGUCUUGCACGAUUGCUAAAUUGCUAGCCCUAGAUAUUCUUAAAGCUAGCUAGCUCUUGUAAAAAUAUCAGCACGGUAAAUCCUUAAUAUGAUGUAUUCAUAAUA